CUCCCCACUGCAACCUGGAGAUUGUCCACGUUUACAGCAUUCAGUCCUGCCCUGCUCCACAGCUGCAACCUCGGCCCUCUGCUCAACAAAUCGAUUCGACUCUAGGCCUUCAAUUUAUCUAAUUUGUGGCUUUUCUUUUUUUUUUUAUUGAUUUGAAUCCCUCUUAACUUAUUUGACCUGAUUCUGCAAAGAUGUUUGCCUGCUGCAUAGUUGUUUUCCUCCUGACUACGUGGUCCACCGUUGAGUGUAAUGCCAGCCCUGUGGUGGAAGAUGUAGUCGUGGACAGACACUUCAUCCCCCAAGUCUGUGGAAGAGAAGCCAAAGAGGGAGAUUAUGUUCGCUAUCACUAUAACGCCACAUUUGUCGGAGGAAAAACAUUUGAUUCGAGCCAUCAGAGAGGGGACGCCAAAGUGGGCCUGCUCGGGGAGGGCCGGCUCAUCGCUGGCAUUGACAAAGGUCUGCAGGGCAUGUGUGUGAAUGAGCGCAGGACCGUCACCGUCCCGCCUCACCUGGCCUAUGGAAGCACCGGUGCAGGUGAUGUGGUUCCUCCAGAUGCCACCCUGGUGUUUGACAUCCAUCUGUUGGAUCUGUGGAACAAAGCCGACCUUGUUCUCGCCAAAACCAUCACCACUCCCAAAGAUUGCAAACGCUCCGUGAUGCGCACUGACUUUGUGCGCUACCAUUUCAACGGCACUCUGCUCGACGGCACCGUCUUUGAUUCCAGCUACAACAGAAAGCAGACCCAUGACUCCUUAGUGGGUGAGGGUUGGCUGAUUAAGGGCAUGGAUGAAGGCCUGAUGGGCAUGUGUGUGGGAGAGAUCAGACACAUUGUCAUCCCGCCCUUCAAAGCCUAUGGAGAAAAAGGAUCAGGUACAGAUAUUCCCCCCCAGGCAACCCUGGUGUUCGAUGUCCUGUUGGUGGACAUUCAUAACCCAAAGGAUAAUCUCACUGUUGACAACCAGGUGGUGCCUGAGUCGUGCACACGCAAAUCUGUGUCUGGGGAUUAUGUCCGGUACCACUACAAUGGUACCUACCUGAACGGAGUCACCUUUGACACCAGCUACCAGAGGAACAGCACAUACAACACCUACAUCGGGAUGGGGUAUGUGAUUGCAGGCAUGGACCAGGCCCUCAUUGGAGUCUGCAUUGGAGAGAAGAGGAGGGUUAUCAUCCCUCCACACCUGGCGUAUGGAGAGCAAGGAGCAGGUGGCGUAAUCCCCCCUAAUGCAGCACUGGUGUUUGACAUUCACAUCAUCGACUUCCACAACCCCAACGACACAGUGAGCAUCCAGAUUACCCACAAACCUGAGGCGUGUAACGAGACUACCGCAGAGAACGACCUUGUGCGCUACCACUACAACUGCACCCUGGUGGACGGCACAAGGCUCUUUUCCUCACACGACUACGAGGACCUUCAGGAUGCAGUGCUGGGGGCCGACAAGGUGAUCGACGGGCUGGACCAGGGCUUGCGUGGGAUGUGUGUGGGAGAGAAGAGGGUGAUAACAGUGCCACCUCACCUUGGCCACGGAGAAAAAGGGGCCACUGGUGUGCCAGGCAGUGCUGUGUUGGUCUUUGACAUUGAACUGCUGAGCUUUGAGAAGGGAGUGCCACCUGGUUACCUGUUUGUAUGGCUGGAGGAUAGCCCGAUAGAUCUGUUUGACGCCCUGGAUGUCAACAAGAACGAAGCUGUUCCCCAGGAGGAGUUUGGGGAGUUCAUCAAGCUGCAGGUGGCGGAGGGCAAAGGUCGUAUCAAGCCAGGAAUGAUCAUGGAGCAGGUCAUUACCGACAUGUUCCAAAACCAGGACCGAAAUAAAGAUGGAGUGAUCACCGCCGAUGAACUCAAACUGAAGGUAGAGGAGGAUAAGGAAAGAGAAGAUGCGAGGCACGAGGAGUUGUGAUGAAAAAACAUUUUUGAUUCUCUCUCAGGGAUAAACCCGAACACCUUUAAAAACAAGCGAGAGACUUUUUCCAUCAUCAUGGUUUUAUUCUAUCUGUACCACAUUGAGUCUUUUUUAAAUGACAAGAAAAUAUUGCAAAGGGUCUUUUUUUGUGUAGUUCUUUGUUGUAUGAUUGUUUGUCUUUGAUAAUUGUAUUUCAGAAAACCAAACAAGCACCUUUAUUUGUCCAUGAAAGUCGCAAUUAAAAUGUUUGUAAGAA